AUGGUUGUUUAUAAUUGCUUGAGCGACGAAGAUUUUCUCCAGAAAUCUGAGCACGGAAUCGGAAAAAGAGCCAUUUAUUAUUUCUACACAGAAAACUGUCCAUCAUGUCUUCGUAUCAAACCUCUCUUCGAAGAUUUGUGUAAAAAGUACGAUAAGACGUCACUGGUCUACACAUACUCAUGUUACAACGAUGACCAAUUGACUGGAGAAGCAUUUGCAGUCGACAAAACGCCCACUUUUGUAGUAAUGGACAAUGGAGAAGAAAUCACUCGACAUGUUGGCGGAGAAGAAGAUAAAGUGCAGGAGAUAUUCGAGAAAUAUGCUGCUUGA